AUGUCGACCUCGAAACCCUAUCACGGCGAAUCCGCUGACACUUAUGUCGACUUCGCCAUCGUGGGAGCCGGCAUAUCAGGACUGAACUUUGCAUAUCGGGUACAAUCCUCGUGCCCAUCGCUCUCAUAUACAAUUCUCGAGUCGCGAGAUGCAAUAGGUGGCACUUGGGACCUAUUCAAGUAUCCAGGCAUCCGCUCCGACUCGGAUCUGUUUACGUUUGGAUUUUCCUGGUACCCAUGGACAGAUGAUUGCGCAAUUGCGGAUGCGUCAAGCAUCAAGAGGUAUCUGGCCAGGGCUACUCAAUCCGCAGGAAUUGACCGCCACAUUCGUUUCCGACACAAGGUAUUGUCCGCGAGCUGGAAGGAUGAGCAUGCGGAAUGGAGACUGGAGGUUGCGAAUGAGGGAGCUACAAAGUGUAUCCGCUGCCGCUACUUCAUCUUGGGUACGGGAUACUAUGAUUAUGAGAAUCCCUUAUCCGCAGACAUCCCUCAGUUGGAUCACUUCAAAGGCACUGUUGUCCAUCCGCAGUUCUGGCCUGAAGACUUGGACUAUGCGAACAAGAAGAUGGUGAUUAUUGGAUCUGGUGCGACAGCUGUUACUCUACUUCCAAACCUGGCACGGAACGCAUCGCACGUUACCAUGCUUCAGCGCAGCCCGAGCUAUGUUCUCUCGAUCGCCAACCGUCCUUCUCCGCUCUUGAAGCGACUAUUACCGCGAGACCUGCUUUUCCGCUUUUUCAGAUCUAUUUUCAUGGCCGUGUCCUUUGGGCUUUAUCAAUUCUGCCAGAAAUUUCCUCGCCUCGCAAAGCGCAUGCUGAGAGCAAUAACCCAGCGAAGCUUGCCCUCGACCAUUCCACACGAUCCGCAUUUCAAGCCUCGCUACAACCCUUGGGACCAGCGUCUCUGCCUCGCUCCCGAUGGCGAUUUCUUUUCGGCGCUUCGAUCGGGAAAGGCGAGUGUAGCCACCGGGAAUAUCAAGGGAUUUACGGAUCAUCGCAUCGUCCUAGACACCGGCGAAACCCUCGACGAUGUUGACAUCGUCGUAACCGCCACGGGACUCAAACUUUUGUUUGCCGGAAACAUCAAAAUCGAUGUGAACGGGCAACCUGUCGACCUUUCAAAGAAGUUCGUCUGGCGAAGCUGCAUGCUCCAGGAUGUGCCGAAUUCCUGCUUUGUGAUCGGUUAUACAAACGCCUCUUGGACGCCAGGCGCGGACGCGACGGCAGUUUUAUUCUGCCGCCUUGUUCGCCAAAUGCAGGCUUCGGGCGCCGCGGUCGCACGGCCGUCUCUGGAUACACCGUUGAAAACGGUCCCGCUUUUGAAUAUCAGUAGCACGUACAUAACGAGGGCCGCUGAUGACUUACCAAAGACUGGAAACAAAGGCCCGUGGAAGCCUAGAGUGAACUACUACAUGGAUUAUUGCGUUUCGAGGUGGGGGAACUUGAAGAAUGGACUGGUGUUUUCAUGA